GUGCCGCGCAUCUCUAGCGGACCCGAUAUCCAUCAUGUCAUAAUGGGCUCGGAGGGAACACUGGGAGUGGUGACAGAGGUGACGAUCAAAGUGUUCCCUCUGCCCGAAGUGAAACGCUAUGGCAGUCUGGUAUUUCCGGAUUUCAACCACGGUGUAGCAUUUUUCCGAGAGGUUGCUCGACUGGUAUGA